UUGUUCUAAAUGUUCUGUUAUUGUUCUAAAUGUUCUGUUAUUGUUCUAAAUGUUCUGUUGUUGUUCUAAAUGUUCUUGUCGUUUGUAUAAAUUCCUCUGACACGUUGGACGGAACCAUUCCUCUGCGGGGGGGUUGUGUUUGUGGUUUGGUCCCGCCUCCCCCCCCCGGGCUCCGCGGUGGUUCGGUCCGGCGCAGGGAGGCUCCGUGGAGGUUUUUGGUUUGGUUUUUUUUUUUUUUUUUUUUUUUUUGGACUCCAGCUGAUCCGUGCCCGAGGACUCAGCACCGGGUCAGGACCAGAGGACCAGAGCGCGGCGCGGGUCCGGGAGCUUCUCAGUGACUCGGAGGAGGAAGAAGAAGAAGAAGAGGAAGAAGAAACGGACGAGGACAUUUUGAACAGUUCGCUCCGGAAACGCGGAGGAGGCGCACGCACCAUGAAAUAACCGCGGACACGAGCAGGAGAAGAACCGAGCCGAGCCGAGCGGAACCGGGCCGGACCGGGUCAGACAUGUCGUGGUUGUCCCCCGUGUCCUGGGCCAAGUGGACGUGGACGGCGGUGCGCGGCGCGGACGAGGAGGACGGAGGCGGCGCGGAGGAUGAGACGGAGCCCGGGGGGAGAAGAACCGACACCGCGGAGGAGAGAGACGACUCGGAUUCAGAUGGACCCUACGACACUCCAGAGGCCGCCAGCCCCGUGCACACGCCCCCGCACGUGCACACGCCCCCGCACGUGCACGCUCCUCCCCCUCACGUGCACGCUCCUCCCCCUCACGUGCACACUCCUCCCCCUCACGUGCACGCUCCUGUCUCGGUCCCUGGUCCCGUAGACGAGGAGGAGGAGCCCAGAGCCACAGACGUGGAGGUGGAGGAACGUCUCAUCGUCUCCGCCUCAUCCCAGGACCAGAUCCCCGUCUUCAGCCUGGAGACGGACCGGGACCGGCCCGCUCCUCCUCUGGACCUCCGCACGGCGACGGAACCUCCACCGGCUCCACAAACGCCCCAACAUGAAACCAAAACCGAGCCUCCACAACGGCUUUCACCAAGAGACGAUUCUGCUCCAGAACGUACGGAAAUUCUCCAAGAUUUGCCGAAAGAAAGCGAAAAAUCUGCACAAAACAUCGUCAAGGUCGAGAAAUCCAAACCUGCUCCGCUCAAAAUGCAAACUCCACCUGCCGCUUCCCCGCAGGACGAAGGAGAAACCAAGUUCCAGGUUCCGAAAGCGUCUUAUAAAUUUGACCCAGAGAAUUUAGAUGAAAGUUUGGACCCGUUUUCCAGCGGAGGCUCGAAAAUCCCAAACUCUCCUCCUCCGUUUGGGAUGAAGGACGCGACGCCAGAACUGAACGCUGAAAAAGUCGAAAGCGAGGAGAAAAAAGAAACGAAAAUGGACCAAAAAACCUUCAAAUCGCCUUCGAAAAAACAGCAAACCAAAAAGGGCAAAGUUAAAAAGCAAAAUUUGGAAGAAAAACCCGUAGAAGUUGCAGUAGAAGCGUCAAAUUCCGAUGAAACUGAAAUCCCAGUUCCAAAAGUGUCUUACAAAUUUGAUCCGGAGAAUUUCGACGAAAGUUUUGACCCGUUUUCCAGCGGAGGCUCGAAGAUCCCGAACUCUCCUCCUCCGUUUGGGAUGAAGGACGCGAUGCCAGAGCUGAACGCUGAAAUGAGGUCGGAAAAAGACGAAAAAGAGGAAACUAAACCGAAUCUGGAGCAAAAAACUGUCUCCAAAUCUCCUUCGAAAAAACAAGGAGCCAAAAAGUCACUGAGCAAAGUUAAAAAGCAAAAUUUAGAUACAAAUUUAGACGAAAAAUUUUCCACAAAUCCUCCAGAAGUUGCUCCAGAAGUGCAGAAUUCCGAUGAAACAGAAAUCCCAGUUCCAAAAGUGUCUUACAAAUUUGAUCCGGAGAAUCUCGACGAAAGUUUUGACCCGUUUUCCAGCGGAGGCUCGAAAAUCCCAAACUCUCCUCCUCCGUUUGGGCCGAACGACUCGAUGCCAGAACUGAACGCCAAAAAAGACGAAACUGACGACAAAAGAGAAACAGAAACGGAUUUGAAUUUGGACCAAAAACCUGUUUCCAAAUCUCCUUCGAAAAAAACGCAAACCAAAAAGACCAAAGUUAAAAAGGAAAACCUGGAAGAAAAAUCUGUAGAAGUUGUCGUAGAAGCGUCAAAUUCUGAUGAAACCGAAAUUCCAGUUCCGAAAGUGUCUUAUCAAUUCGACCCGGAGAAUUUUGACGAAAGUUUUGACCCGUUUUCCAGCGGAGGCUCAAAAAUCCCAAACUCUCCCACAACAACAGCUUCAGGUUCAGAAACGCCGAAACUAGAAGCUCAGUUUGAACCGGAGAAAGAUUUAGAGAAAGACGAGACGAAACUGGGAGAGACGGAUUUUCAUUUGGACGAAAAAUCAGCGCCCGAACCUUCUCCAGAAACACAAGCGACGAGUAACGAUCAAAAUCAAAAAGAGGAGGAGAUUUUAGACGCAAACGUUGAAUCUUUACUUUCAGAAAUUCCUCACGAAACUACAAAUUUUGACGAUAUUCCCAUUCCAAAACCCGGGCGUUACAAAUUUGACCCAGACAAUUUCGACGAUAGUUUCAACCCGUUCCAAAGCGGCGGCUCCAAAAUCCCAAACUCGCCGACAACGACGUCACCACCGAAGCUGGACGCAAGCACGAAGGAUUCCGACAAAAACGAAACGAAACCGGUCGUGUUAGAAUUUGGAUUAGACGAAGGAAAAGUGUCCAAACCUCCUUCGAAAAAACUGGGACCCAGAAAAACGGUGAGCAAAACGAAAAAAAAGGAAAAAGAAAAGCAAACUUCGGAUGAAAAACAAGAACCUCCGAAAUCUGAAAUUCCCGAAGAAACGUCAAAUCUGCCAACUUCUUCUUCACCAGCUCCUCUGAACUUUGACGAUAUUCCGAUUCCCAAAACCGGGUCUUACAAUUUUGACCCAGAGAAUUUUGACGAAAGUUCUGACCCGUUUGCGGGUGGAAGCGCCAAAGUCCAAAACUCUCCUCCUGCGUCGUGCGGGACCAGCUCUUCUUUUACCAGUUUCGAAGACGAGAGUUUGAAAGCGAAACCGGUCCUGUUAGAAUUCGGAUUGGACGAAACCGAAACGGCGACCAAACCUCCUCCCAAAAAAGUAGGAGCGAGGAAAACCAUCGGCAAAGUUAAAACUCAAAAAAACAAAAGCGGUAGGAGAAACCGGACACGAAACCGACAGAAAUCAGUCGAGAGGAAGAACCAUCGAACCCGCCGAAGUCUCCCUCUCCGCCUCCGCCAAAUCGACGACAUUCCCAUUCCCAAAUCAGGAUCUUACAAUUUUGACCCUGACAAUUUCGACGAUAGUUUCAACCCGUUCCAAAGCGGAGGGUCCAAAAUUCCGAAUUCGCCGACCAGCAAAACGAUUCCAGAAUCACAUCAGCAACAAGAAGAAGAAGAAGAAAAGACAAAACCGCCUCCGAAAAAACUGGGACCACGAAAAACGUUCAACAAAGGCAAAACCGCGAAACCGAAAAUCCCAGAGGAGAAACCGGACGCACAACCUGAAGUUAAAGCUCCAGAAACUCCCAAAGAGGUUCCCUUAAAGCCGUCGUCUCCGCCUCCUUCGGUCACGGACGAUGUUCCCAAAAGCGGGUCGUACGAUUUGGACCCGAGCUGCUGGGACGACCCGGCGUUCGACCCGUUCGGAGGAAAAGGAAGUAAACUCGGAAAGAGCAAAACCUCGUCCGGGUUUGACCCAGAGAAAAGCGAGGAGGCGGCGGAGCAGAUCGAAGCCUCCAAAAGUCUGAGAAACGACGAAGAGGAAGAGAAACACAGGACUCACCACCAGGGGGAGUUCCUCUGUCUGCUCUUGAGUUCGUGUAAAGUCCCGCUGCACUCGGAGGAAACUCAGGACCUCACACAGGAGGAGGUAGUGAUCCGGACCCCGGAGAUCACGCAGAGAGAACAUCACGCCACAGAUGAAGAGAAGCUGGCCUCCACCGCGGUGAGGAGCACCAGCGAGGGAGGGCAUCUGGAGCACGAGGGGAGGACCAAAGAGGAAGGUUCUGGGAGCCCAGCGCAGAAGGACGGCGCCCCCUGCUGGACCAAACAGGACCUGGACGAGGUCUCCAUCUCGGAGAAGAUCCUGGUCCAAAGUCCUGGUUUAGAUCCUCAGACCGGACUUCCUCUGAGCGAGAUGGACAAGGCCGCAGUACUCACUCUGAUCAGGGAGGAAAUCAUCACCAAAGAGUUGGAGGUGGAGGAGUGGAAGAGGAGGUACGAGGAGAGCAGAGCUGAGGUCCUGGAGAUGAGGAAAAUCGUGGCUGAAUAUGAGAAAACUGUGGCUCAGAUGAUCGAUGAUGACCGUCAGCAGAAGACGCUCUCCUCCUCUGCGUCGUUCCGUCAGCUGACCCUGGAGCGGGACCAGGCCCUGUCGGACUUGGCGUCGGUGGAACGUUCCUUCUCGGAGCUUUUCAGACGAUACGAGAACAUGAAGGGCGUCCUGGAGGGCUUCAAGAAGAACGAGGAGGUUCUGAAGCGUUGUGCUCAGGAGUAUCUGCAGAGGAUCAAACAGGAGGAGCACAGAUACCAGACGCUCAAAGCCCACGCCGAGGAGAAACUGGACAAGGCCAAUCAGGAGAUCUGUCAGGUUCGUUCUAAAGCUGCAGCAGAAUCUGUGGCUCUGGGGGCGAGUCUCAGGAAAGAACAAAUGAAAACAGAAUCACUGGAAAGACAAGUCACACAGAAGAAUCAGGAGAUCGAGGAGCUGACAAAGAUCUGCGACGAGCUCAUCUCCAAACUGGGACCAGCCUGAAAACAACAAAUAUAUUUAAAUAUAAAUAUAAAUAUAAAUAUACACAUGUGCCAAACAGAAGAGCCAGAUGCCCUCCCGCACCCCCUGACCCCCCUGACCCC